GAGGGGAUUCUUUUUCUGCUAGUGGUGCAACAAAAGGUGUAGCAAGUGGAACACCUGGUGGGAACAAUGCAUCGGCAAGUGUAACACCGCAACAACCUACUAGUAGUCCUGCCCAGAACAACCCUGCAACUGCUACUACACCGCAACAACCUACUAGUAGUUCUGCCCAGAACGGAGUUUCGCCAACAUCGCCAGGGACAGGGGACCAUUAUUGUGUCCGAGACUUUGAAUUAUUCGCAGAACAUGUCUUGCCUUCCGUGGAUCUUCCUGAGAUAUUCGGGUUGCACGCGAAUGCCGUGAUCAGCUACCAACAAAGGGAGUCGGACCUAUUGUUGGACACCAUUGUAACCAUGCAACCGAAAGAAGCUUCAUCGUCAAGCGCGAGCUCAACAUCUUCGACAGGCGCGUCUGGUGGGACAGAUGGCGAUGCAACUUAAGGCUUCCCCUAAUGUAUCUGCAUAGGGGCCAUCCCUCCACCGUAAGUAUCUAUGCACCCAAAUACUACAAGGGAAACAUCACUGGGGUAUGUCCUUGAGGGAUGUCCACAGGGAUGAGCUGGGGAUAGCUCUAAGCAACAGGCUCAAACUCUGCGGACCAAGAACAGCAAAGUCAUGAACAACAAUUAGUAACGGAGCUAGCGGACGCGAUGCUCGCCAAACUGGUGCGUGUGGGAGCCCUGGAUGUCGGACGAAUUUCACAGCAUCUAAGGGAUAUAUUACUGAAAAACAACCAAACCACUACAACUAGUAGUACAACUACAGGACGAGGAGGAUCUUCUUCGUCCUCGUCUGCUCGGUCCCCUGGAGUAGUUGAGAAAGAAAAUAUACAUAAUGCUUCCAGGAGUCCAACAACUAGUAGUACAACUACAGGUCCAAAUCAAGAACCACAAGGCGUAGGUGCAAGUGCAAUUGGACUUUCUUCAUCGCCUUCCUUACCCGGAUCUUCGUCAACCUCGUCUGGACAUCAAAAGAAGAACCAGCAACAACAACAGCAAAAAAAUGUCCAGAGUCCUCAUCAGCAGGCAGUCGCUUCUGGCUCAGCCGGCGCCAUGGGAUCGUUGCUGACGUGCUUAGUCCAAGAAGCGCAGCGGUUUAAUAGUCUCUUGCUACUGAUGAAACGGUCACUCGCGGAUCUGCAAAGGGCAGUUGCUAGGGCUCCUAAAACUUAGAAGAGUUUUUAGAGUAGGAGUACUACUCGUAUUGUAUAAGUAAUACUGCGCUCCUAAAAUAAAUAGAAGAGUUGGAGUACUGUAAGUAAUACUACUACGGGAAUAGAAGAGUUAGAGACUCACUCUAACUCUUCUAUUCCCGUAGUAGUACUGACUUAGAGUACUAUUGAUGUAAUACUACUACUACUACGGGAAGAUGACAUUUAAGUAAAUGUUUAUAGAAGAAACACAGAUCAUGAUCAGAUACUCAGGUUCGUUUUCUGCUUGCAUUUUUUAGGGACAACUAGUUGUCAAGGUAGUACAGAAUCACAGCCCAGAUCACAUACAUCCUUGCUCUUGAUAGAUCUGAAAAGCACAAGCAGUUUCUGCAGUCCAAGAGAUACCCACGACUUAGUAUUCAUCUUCUAAAACCAGUGGCAUCAUCGUAAUGAGCGCAGAGCUGGACAGCAUGUUUUUGGACCUAUCGAGACACAAGGUGCCUCAAAUCUGGCAAAAAAUCGCUUACCCUACUUGCAAAAAACUUCAGAGCUGGUUUACCGACUUCCUACAGCGGAUCGACUUUUUUCGAAAUAUGAAGGCGAAUAGUUGUUCUUGUUCUAGAACUAGAUUUACUUACAUCUGUAGUUUCUUUCAUCACUCAUGUUCAUGAUGGAUCGACUUGGCGAGGGUUGAUGAAAGUACAACCUUCACAAUAAAUAAAAAUAAAUAUGUUUAUAAAUAUGUUUGCAAUAGAACUACUUCCUUACACACCUCUUAUCUCAUUCGCUCGUGCCUCCAUUCUCGUCCUCGUUAAUUAACUCCUUGUGAUACCUCUCCAUUUGCACAACAUGGUAGUUUGAGUAGUUAAUAAUUUAUUUCUGUGCUCUAUAUUUCAACUCAAAGUGGGAGAUGGUUCAUGUUCAAAACAGAAACUAAUCACUCUAACCUUCAAUGGAUCCAACCUCCAAGAGUAAAAGAGAAACUGCCUACUAAUCACUCUAACCUUCAAUGGAUCCAGCAAGCGAAAAGCAAAAUACCAGCAGCAUUCUGGGUGACCGCUUUUUUCUUCCCCCAGGGAUUCCUUACGUCUGUGUUGCAAGCCUUCUCGCGCCUGCAUCAUGUUUCGGUGGACACGUUGCAAUUCAAGUUCACACCUGGGGAAUUCUCGGAUCCAGAUGCCCUGCCUCCAGCUGAACUCGCCGCCAUUGCUUCCUCAUUAUCAGAUGGAAUUUUGGUCUACGGCAUGUUCCUAGAGGGCGCACAAUGGGAUUUCUCGCAGUUGAUACUAGCGGAUCAAGACCCUGGCGUGAUGUUUACCCCAAGUCCGUGUAUCCAGUUCGUGCCAACGGUUGCGAAGGGUCACCAGGGCGGGAAUAUAAUUAUGGAGAGGUCGGAAGCAAGUAAAAAAAAGUAGACGUUUAUCCUUGAGCUUGACUUUGCGCAUUUAGAAGCGGAGAAGUUUCCCCUUGGCGCUCGCAUCUUCUAAUUUUCAUCCAUCCUCUGGCGACACUACAGACGGAGGAAUAGAGCAGGACCUGUACGACGAUAUCUUCUAUCAUUACGAAUGUCCUCUUUACAAGACUCCUUCGCGAGCAGGAACUCUCUCAACGACUGGACUUUCCUCGAACUUCAUUAUCGCAAUCAAGCUUGACACCAACCAAAAACCCAAUUACUGGGUGUUGAGGGGGGUGGCGCUUUUGACCAUGCUGGCUGACUGAAUGUAGCACUUAUAAAAUUCUCCAGUGCUUGGCUGCGCUGCACUCUUCCUCUUUCGUAUAGUUUGUGUAAGAGCAGUUGCAGUAUUAAGACCAGAACUAGCUGAAAACUGUGUUUCUCUUUGUUAAUCAGGGCUGAUAUUGAAUUAUUUAUUGCCUUAGAUAGUUUUUCGAAGUGUUAGAUUUUCGAAAGUUUACGACUAGCUGCAAAAUGAAAAUUAAAUUUGAAUAACGCGUCUCAAAUGCAAUGCAAGCGAAUAUGAACAGAAAAAAUAUAUGAUUGCAUCUAGUAGAAGAGCUAGAAUUCUAUUAAGUACAGUGUCCAAAAAAGACCAAGUGAGAAGUAGUACCGCAAGUCGAUAAGUCAUGAAAAAGAUACAGAUUUAGUUCUAAAUGAGCACCAAGGUGGACUUUUUGCUAUCCUUGUUUCCGAUAUUGUUGUCAUGAUGCAGGGCUAUGAGCAUCGCCGGUUCCUGUGCUAUUGAAUGUUUGAGUCAUUUUACCCCUACUCUGUCUCUGUCACUGUUUCUGUGCACAGACAUCCCGACAUCUCGAUUGCAUAGCUAAAUCUGAGGCAUAGGAAUUUCCUUACAUAUGAUUAUAAUUUCUCAAGUCCCUCCUUCAGUGAUAAACACCCUAAACAAGCCAUGCUUGUCGAGAGCAGGAACCAUGCCUGCGGCAAAGAAUGACUGCCAG